AUGAUGACAAUGCAUCCGACAGCCUCCAGCCCGCCGAUGCUCGCCCAAGCCCCCUACCGAGGCGGCGUUUUCUCAGUAGACGACGGCAUCGCCGAGGUCGAAGCUGACGCCGCGGAGCGCCAGCAGAGUUACACGACCACGCUACGAAGACGAGCUGGUGCCCCGCCCGCACUCGUAAGGAUCCACUCUUCCGCCGCUGACGAGGAUCCCACCGGCGAAGAGAUCGACGACCCAGACGAUCAGGUCGACAGCAGUAGCCCGCCGGAGGAGGCCGGCGGAGAUGCACCUGAGAUAGAGCACCCGGACGUCGCGACACCUGAUGAUGACGGGGACGUCAGCGACGCCGAGAGCUUCACUCUCAAAGACCGCCAGCAGGCCAUCAACCAGACACAUCCUUUCGGAAUCAGAAUUUGGAAGCCAGCCCUGUACAAAAAGAGCCGCUCGGUGCAAAAGAACGCCGAAGGCGAUAUUCACUCAUCACCCGGCGGCCAUGUCAGCACUUGGCUGCUGUUCUUCAACCUUGUGUGGACCCUAGCUUUUGGCUGGUGGAUGGCCCUGAUUGCCUUUACCGGUGCACUUGUCUGCUUUCUUUUUGCCGCCGCGCCGGGCGGGCGGGAGUAUGGCCAGGUUCUCUGGGGCCUGUCAGGUUACAUCUUCUAUCCCUUUGGCAAGUUUGUGGGGCUGGAGCAGCAAGAAGCUUACCUGGACGAGGACGAGGGCGAGGGCCGAAGCAUCAGCGAGUACGAACAAUGGCAGAGCGGUGAUUUGGAGUAUGGGCGGCUGUUCUUCGGGCCAGAUAGGAACCGCUCCAUCGUCGGACGGUCCCGGCGAAGCCUCGACUCGGAACCGGACGAGACGGAGAGUCUCCUCGGAAGAGGGCGCGGGCAGGUCUUUGAUGAUCAUCUUCCUCGCAUGAAACGGAGAUUGUUCGGGCGCGGAGAGUGGAACGUCGGCCGCGUCAUCUUCUUUGCCUUCUUCUACUUCCUGAUCAUGCCAUCACUCUUUCUUGUCUCGGCUAUUUGCUGGUUUUUGGUGUUCACGAUUCCCAUGGGCAAGGUCACCAUGCUCCUGUUUUCCCAUCUACGGCGCCACCCCCUGGCUCUGUCCUUCGAAUCCGACAUCGCCUCCGCCCGCGCCCCUACGACACCCCAAUCUUCCAUUUUGCUCUGUACCUAUCGAGCUGUCGGCCUCAAAUACUGGAAAUACACCAUCGAUGGAACCAACAUCUUUUUGAUCAACCUCAUGGCCAUUGUGGGCUUUGUCAUCUUUGACUGGCUCGUUCUUGAUGGGCUCCUGGAUAUGGACAACUUCCUCACGUCUCCCGCCUUUCUUUUCGUCUCGGGCCUCCUAUCCAUCAUACCGCUCGCCUACUUCAUUGGUCAAGCGGUGGCAUCCAUCUCAGCUCAGUCAUCCAUGGGGCUCGGCGCAGCCAUCAAUGCCUUCUUUUCCACCAUCGUUGAGGUAUUCCUCUACUGCGUCGCCCUCCGGCAGGGCAAGGCCCAGCUUGUCGAAGGCAGCAUUGUCGGCAGCAUUUUUGCUGGUGUCCUCUUCCUGCCAGGCCUGUCUAUGUGUUUCGGCGCCAUCAAGCGCAAGACCCAGCGCUUUAACUCGAGGUCGGCCGGUGUGACCUCAACUAUGCUUCUUUUUGCAGUCAUUGGUGCCUUUGGCCCGACUCUCUUCUAUCAAAUCUACGGCACCCACGAGCUAACUUGCCAAGACUGCGUCAACUUUGACACUCCCAACGAUGGUGGGGGGGCUUUACGUGACUGCCGCCGUUGCUAUUUCUCCCAAACGCCCGCUCUUAGCGACCGAUUCUACAUCGAAGCGGUGCGUCCUUAUUGCUAUCUCGCCGCCACAAUGCUGUUCAUGUCCUAUAUCAUCGGACUGUGGUUCACGCUCCGCACGCAUGCGGCGGUAAUCUGGAACACGGAGGUAGAUGAGAAGAAACACGAUGACCACGCCACCCCUCACCCAACCCCCCGACCAUUGGGCAAUCCACCGGUUGGGGAAGCCAGCGGUGUGGAUAUUCGAGACUCGCACUUGUACAAGCGCAUCCUUGGCCAGUCCCUCCGACAAGUUGGGCAGUACUCGCGAACGGACGAGGAGACGCGGCAGAACACAGCUCUCUCCGGAGGCGGAACCAACGGCACCCCUCACCUAGUUCCGCCGAAGCCCGGUGGCAGCUACGGGACUACUGAGGCCGCUUGCGCCACUAUUAACAUCCCCGGGCUAACCGAUGCCGAAAACAGCAAUCUCGUUCAUCAAGUGGCCGAAAUUGCCGCGACUGCUGCCACUGUCGCCGCUAGAAACGUGCAGGCAAGGCGCGGCCCACCAGGCACCACCCCGACGUCCGCCAACCCACCGGCUUCGGCCAGCCACUCGGGUGCGGUGCGCAGCGCCGCCAUCGUACCGGGCCAGGAUGACGCUACAGGGCCGGCGGGCGCGCAGGCAGACGGCCACGGUGGCCACGGUGGCCACGACGCGCCAAACUGGAGCCGGCUCAAGAGCGCCAUCAUCUUAAUGGGAGCCACUGUCCUCUACGCCAUCAUUGCCGAGAUCCUUGUGGACACAGUUGAUGUAGUUCUCGAGAGCUUCGACAUUGAUGAGAAGUUUCUCGGGAUCACGCUAUUUGCACUGGUUCCCAACACCACCGAGUUCCUAAACGCCAUCUCAUUCGCCAUGAACGGCAAUAUUGCACUCUCCAUGGAAAUUGGUUCCGCCUAUGCUCUGCAGGUGUGUCUCUUGCAGGUUCCCGCCUUGGUGCUUUUCUCGGCUGUCAACCCCCUCGGGGUCCCUGCCGAGGACGUGGCCCGGUACACGUUCAGCCUGCUUUUCCCCCAGUGGGACAUGGUGACGGUCAUCCUGUGCGUGUUCUUGCUGAGCUACAUGUACGGCGAGGGUAAGAGCAAUUAUUUCAAGGGAAGCAUUCUACUCCUCAGCUACCUGGUCGUCAUCAUCGGCUUCUACUUGAGCAGUUUUGAAACCAGCUUGGAAGACCCCGAGAAUGGCGUGAGCCGGUUCGACACGUUGAGGGCGGAUGGGCAAUGGAUGAGUUAUAACUUCAAAACUGUUGGGAGGAGUACCUCUGGCACCGCCUUCUGA